UUCAUAAGAAAUACCGUUCUCGUAUUUCUUGCCUCCGAACUUUGUCGUCAUUUUCUCACCUUCCCUUCUCUUCAAUCUCAUCGACCUCAACAACCUCCUUCCAAGUUCUUCGAUAACAAUCUUUCUUUCUCUUCUUUACUAAUCCGCCAUCCAAAUUUGUCUCGGCAACCAAACAAAAACCCCCUACCAAUUUUCCUUCAAAUUCUUGCUUUGCAGUUUUCCAUCUUCGUCAGCAAAAGAAUCAUGAUCUCUCUUAGAGCUUCAUCAUUCACGCCCUCAGGUUUCUCUAACCGGAGGUAUUCGGUUCCUAAGCCUCAGUUUUCUUCACUACCCAUUAUUCAGAAUGCACAACAAAGCGAAAGCAACUCCUUCUCUUCCCAAACACCUCUUUACAUUUCUUCCACUAAGAAUUUUGCAUUGGUACCCAAAACCCAGAAGCUUUUGACCGAGUGCAAGGUCUAUGAGGCAGACCGUUCGCAGCCAUUGGAAAUCAACAUCGAAUUGCCGGACCAGCAGGCUACGUUUGAGGCUGCUCAGAAGUUUAAAAUUGGCUUGUAUUUUGCAACUUGGUGGGCUCUGAACGUCGUGUUCAAUAUAUACAACAAGAAAGUUUUGAACGCUUUUCCAUAUCCAUGGCUCACUUCCACUCUCUCACUUGCUGCUGGUUCGCUUAUGAUGCUCAUUUCAUGGGCUACCAGAAUCGCUGAAGCCCCAAAAACGGAUAUGGACUUUUGGAAAUCCCUGUUCCCAGUAGCUGUGGCACAUACAAUCGGUCAUGUAGCAGCGACAGUUAGCAUGUCAAAAGUUGCAGUGUCUUUCACACAUAUCAUUAAGAGCGGUGAGCCUGCUUUCAGUGUAUUGGUUUCGAGGUUUCUAUUAGGCGAAGCCUUUCCGCUUCCUGUUUACCUCUCACUCAUUCCAAUCAUCGGCGGUUGCGCGCUCUCUGCUGUCACCGAACUCAAUUUCAACAUGACUGGAUUUAUGGGGGCGAUGAUAUCGAACUUGGCGUUUGUGUUUCGGAACAUAUUUUCGAAGAAAGGGAUGAAAGGGAAAUCUGUUAGCGGGAUGAACUACUAUGCUUGUCUGUCGAUGUUGUCUCUAUUGAUUCUUACACCAUUUGCCAUUGCCGUGGAGGGCCCCAAGAUGUGGAUGGCUGGUUGGGAUAAAGCUCUCUCCCAAAUUGGUCCCCAUUUCGUCUGGUGGGUUGUAGCUCAGAGUGUGUUCUACCACUUGUACAACCAGGUCUCAUACAUGUCGCUCGAUCAGAUAUCUCCAUUGACGUUCAGUGUAGGAAACACCAUGAAACGGAUUUCGGUCAUAGUUUCCUCCAUCAUCAUCUUUCACACUCCUGUUCAACCAAUCAAUGCUCUCGGAGCAGCCAUUGCUAUCCUCGGCACCUUCCUUUACUCGCAGUCCAAGCAGUAAGCAAGCAAAUUACUUAAGGAUGCAAAAGCUAUAGCACAGAAAAAUGGAUGAUGAAGUGAGGAGGAGUAAAUAAAACUUGACCUCUGGAGAUUGGAAUUUUGGUGGCGGACUUUUGAUCAAUGAUUUUGACUUAGUAUGUGAUUAACAUGAAUCAGAAUUUGCAGAGCUUCCUCGUCUUCAACGCCAUAGCAAUGGUUUCAGACUUUUAGUGAUACGUUUUCAACAUACGGAUUUGGCUGAUGAUAUACAUAGAUCUUCUUCCCCACCCUUUAGAACAAAUGUAUUUGUAAUUUAAAUAAGAACAAUUGUUUGAGGCUGAAUAAUGAUUUCCUUCAUUGAUUUCUUUC